AUGGCGUCGCGCAGCCCAAGAGCGGCGGCCGGGAGCGGUUCCGGGGGGAAGGGCAGCGCCGACCCCCUCUCUGCGUUCCUGGCGUGGUGCGGGCGGGCCGGGGUGGAGCUCAGCCCCAAGGUGAGGCAGUGCGGGCGGGCCGGGCCUCCCCCGAGCCGCUCCGGUGUCUCUGGCCCGCCCGUCACCGCUCCCCUCCCGGCCCAGGUGCGCGUGAGCAGGGAGGGCGCGGUGGCGGGGUACGGCCUGUUGGCCGCCGAGGAGCUGGAGGCGGGAGAGGUCCUGUUCACCAUCCCUCGCACGGCGCUGCUGUCCCAGCACACCACCUCCAUCCACACCCUCCUGCAGGAAGCCCAGGAGUCCCUGCAGAGCCAGUCCGGGUGGGUCCCUCUCCUGCUGGCCCUGCUGCACGAGUACACAGCCAGCAGCUCCCAGUGGCAGCCGUAUUUCUCCCUCUGGCAGGAUUUCCGGAGCCUGGAUCACCCCAUGUUCUGGCCUGAAGAAGAGCGAACAAGGCUCCUGCAGGGCACAGGCAUUCCAGAAGCCGUGGACAAGGAUCUAGCUAACAUCCACCUGGAGUACAGCUCCAUCAUCCUCCCUUUCAUGGAGUCUCACCCUGAUGUCUUUGACCCCAAGCUGCACACUCUGGAAUUAUAUAAGGAGCUGGUGGCAUUUGUCAUGGCUUACAGCUUUCAGGAACCUUUGGAGGAGGAAGAUGAAGAUGAGAAGGGGCCCAAUCCUCCCAUGAUGGUGCCUGUAGCAGAUAUUUUGAAUCACGUGGCCAACCACAACGCCAACCUGGAGUACUCUCCUCACUGCUUGCGAAUGGUGACAACACAGCCCGUGGGGAAGGGCCAGGAGAUCUUCAACACCUACGGGCAGAUGGCCAACUGGCAGCUGCUGCACAUGUACGGCUUCGCCGAGCCCUACCCCGGCAACACCCACGACACCGCCGACAUCCAGAUGGUGACGGUGCGCGCGGCGGCGCUGCGGCGUGCCAGCAGCGAAGCGCAGCAGCAGCUGGUCUCAGAGCAGUGGGACUUCUUGUGCCAGCUGGAGAUGGUGGGUGAGGAAGGUGCCUUUGUGCUUGGCUGGGAUGAGGUGCUGACAGAGGAAGAGCUGUCCGUGACCCUGAAGGUGCUGUGCAUGUCAGAAGAAGAAUUCAAGGAGUAUAAGGAACAAGAUGGCUGGGAAGAUGACAGUGAGGAAGAGGAAAACUCUCCCCUUUCCAACGAGGCUCUCUCCAGACUAAAAACCCCAUGCAAGAAGCUCCUUUAUGACAGUGUGCUGCUGACCCUGGAGUCCUACAGGUCAGACCUGAAAGCAGAGCAGGACUUGCUAAAUAACAAGGAGGCUUAUGAGAAACUGAGUCGAAGGGAGCAGCAGGCUCUGCACGUGCGAUAUGGACAGAAAAGGAUCUUGCAUCAGCUGCUGGAGCUGGUACGAUAGAAACCUCACUGCCCCUGGACAGGACCUGCCCAGGACUGAUCCAAGGGGAAGGGCAGCCUCUGGACAUCAAUCCUGCAGCAGGGAGGACAGAUGGCAAGACUGACUAUAGGCCCACUUGUCCCUUAUAUGGCAUGUGGCUUUUGAGCUACCUCUACAUAAAGAAGUAUCUUGACAGCAC